ACACUCAUGAUUAGGACUGCUGAGGAUGUCUGACAACGCAGAGUCUCCUACAGAAACGCAAAAAGAUGAGCUUUCAACCCCACAACAGCCUACGGAAGACUCGGGGACGGCAGACGAGAAGAAAAAAAGUAAAUUAUGAGCGACUGUUUGACUCACAGUUACAUUUACAUUGAUGUGUUGUUGAAGGCAGUAGGAGACACCCCCAUCAUGAAGACAAAGAAAUGGUCGGUAGAGAAAGGGAGGACAGUGCAAUCACUCUCUCAGUUCAUCUCUCGAUUCCUCAAGAUGGAGGCCAAUGAACAGCUGUUCAUUUACGUCAACCAGUCAUUCUCUCCCUCGCCUGAUCAGGAAGUAGGAGUCCUGUUUGAAUGUUUUGGCAGCGAUGGGAAGCUUGUUCUACAUUAUUGUAAAUCUCAAGCCUGGGGUUAACAGUUUUUAGCCCUUUUCAGUUCAAACGCAUACACACACAAUAUUGUUUAUACUCCUUCCUUGCCUAAACCAAUGUUGUCAUUGCUAAUUUCUUGUUUGUUUUGCUGUACAUAACCCAAUGUAAAUACAUUGUGACUAUAUAAAGUAAACCCACUCUG